AAUCCUGAUGCUUUACCAAGUCAUCCGGUUCCUGUGAGGCCUGGUCUAAACAACGCUCCUCCCACGCAACCCCCAAAACCUGCACCUGUGCGCAACUACGCCAACAAUACAGAUACUUCAUCAAGCAUUCGUCCUCAGACUUCACUGCCAAAGUCUCCUACUGGAAAUGAUAACAGCACAUCUGGGCCAGUCACAAAUAGUGAGCUCGAUCUGCUGCGUUCAAAAGUAGAUGCCAAUCCCAACGACAUGAAGGCCUCGAUGGCGUUGGUCAAGAAACUUGUCGAAGCUUCAACCGUGUUGGCAUCAGAAAAUGGUCGUCUUGACGCCAAAUCAACCGCAAAGAACAGCGAGCGUUACGUGUUAGAUGCUCAUAAGCGCGUGAAGAAGUUGGUCGCCGCAAACUACCCAGAAGCAAUGUUCUACCUUGCAGACUGCUACGGAUCUGGAGACCUUGGAUUAGAACCAGACCCAAAACAAGCCUUUUCGCUUUACCAAAGUGCGGCCAAAGCCGGACAUGGUGCUGCAGCUUACCGAACUGCCAUGUGCUGUGAGAUGGGUGCUGAGGAGGGAGGCGGCACCAAGCGGGACUACCACAAAGCCGUGCAAUGGUACCAACGCGCCGCACAACUUCAAGACGUGGCAGCCAUGUUCAAGAUGGGCAUGAUUCUGCUCAGAGGUCUGCUCGGCCAGCAGAGAAAUGUAGGGCAAUCAGUCGUCUAUCUCAAACGAGCUGCCGACAACGCCGAUACCACCAACCCUCAUGCCAUCCACGAGCUAGCACGUCUCCAUGAAGCAGGUAACCCUGAUCCCGCCAUUAGCGCAGCAGUCAAGCCCGACGAGAAGUACGCACAGAAAAUGUACAUGCAAGCAGCCAAGAUGGGCUACAAGCAAUCGCAAUUCAGACUAGGUCAAGCCUUCGAGUAUGGAUCGUUGGGUCUACCGGUCGACUCGCGAAACUCUAUUGCAUGGUACACGAAAGCUGCAGCACAGGGAGAACACAACUCCGAGCUCGCACUGUCCGGUUGGUAUCUUACGGGCGCAGAAGGCAUAUUGAACCAAUCAGAUCAAGAAGCAUAUCUCUGGGCACGCAAAGCUGCGGUCAGUGAACCUCCUCUUGCAAAGGCCAUGUAUGCUUUGGGCUACUACAUUGAGAACGGUAUUGGUUGUCCUGUUAGUCUGGAGGAGGGAAAGAAGUGGUACACAAGAGCCGCCUCGUACAAGUUCCCCAAGGCCGUAGAAAGGCUUGAAGAGAUCCGUAAAGGCAAAGCUGGCAGACCACAGCCCAAUCAAGGUCGCUUGACUAGAAGCAAUCAAAAGAGAGACGAGGCCGAGUGCGUUGUCAUGUGA